AUGGAAAAAUACAGAUCCAAAUCGUACGCAGAUGGACGGUACCAAAUACAAAGCUACAACGGUACUGGUAAUGGAGGAGGAGCACCUACUUCAUAUGCUAUCACUAGCAUGCAGGAUCUCAGGUGUUACAGUGCUUCCUAUGCAACCUCUGUCUACCAAACACAAGCCCAGAUGGGAACUAGUGAUAUCAAAUUCAAGAAAGGAAAGUCAACUAACGGCUCAACUUCUAAAAGAUGGAGCUUCAAUGAUCCUGAGUUACAAAGGAAAAGGAGAGUGGCUAGCUAUAAGGUUUAUGCUGUUGAAGGAAAAGUUAAAGGGUCUUUGAAGAAGAGUUUUAGGUGGAUUAAAGAAAGGUGUAGUAGAGUUGUUAAGGGCAACUGGUAG